AUGGCGGCUCGUCACCGUCGAAUCCGCUCUGAGGAGUUUGUCAUCGCCGCGUUUUCCGCUGCCGACGCGACCGACGAGUUGCAAGGCCCCCCUGUAACGAACGCCGUCGCGUAUCGCGGCGCGCCAGAGGCAAUUAAAGCCAGCGGCUCGAGAGGCAAGCAGCCCCCGCAAGCGCAUCCCCCGCGUAGUAAACCGCAAGAAUGGCCGCUCGCUGCGGGAGCUGGACCGACCGGUCGAAGCAACCGGCCAGCGACGGCUAGCAGUGAGCAGACUGACGGUCCGGCAGGUUGGAGCCCAGUUCCCAAACACGCGAUCCCGGAGGGGAACAAGACGAGACGUGAGGGGGAGGGGCCUGGAAUAAUCGGCGCGUUUAAGCACGGGCAUAGGCGGAGCCAAAGCGGCGGACCAGGAGGCGUCGUGGGAGGGGGCGGCAUAGCAGGAGAGAACCGCCGGCAAGCCAGUCCCCAACCGCGACCGUCAGCCGUCAGCAAUCAUUCUGACGGUCCGUCAGGAAGGCCGGGUAGCGCACCACGGAACGCCAGCCCCGAGGAGAAAGGCCGGCGCGAAGGGGCGAUUGUGGGCGCGGGUGGGGGGGACGCAAGCGGAACGGGCAGAGCAGUAGGGCCGCGGAGCGGCGUGGGAAGGGGGGGGCGGAAGGUUUCCGCCAUGGGGAAUAUCGAGGGGAGCGUGGGGGAGAAAAGGGGCGGGAGUUACGGGGAGAGAUCGCGGGGUGGCGUAAGAAGCCCCGCUGACGAUGAGUACGACGGGGAGGCGGAGGAUGUGCAGGGGAGGCGGGUGCGCAGCAGCGGAGGGGGAGCAGUUGGGGGAGCAGGAGGGGGAACAAGUGGGGAAUACGGCGGGGGAGUGGUAGAGGGAGCGGCCAUUUGGGAUAGGCGACAGGCCCGCGCCAGCAGUGAUAAGGAGCGGCAGCAGCAGCAGCAGCAGCAGCAGCAAUCACAGCAGCAGCAGCAGCAGGUGCAGCAAGGAACCCAGCAGCACUCCCCUCCCCGCCACGACCAGCAGCAGCAGCAGGCCGCGCAGCCAUUGCAGCAGCCGCUGCCACCCUUGGGAAUACCCACUGUCAGGCGGAAUUCACGCUCUUAUGACGGCGGCCCGUUAGACCUCAGGCGCUCUGUGAAAACCCCCCCUAAGAGCCCUGUGCUGCCCUAUCUGGGCGGCGCAGGCGCAGCAGGCGGAGCGACAGGGGGAGCAGCAGGGGGACGGGGGGUGUCCGCCUAUGGGAGCCCCUUGCGCAGCAGGCAAGGGGGGCAAAUAUCUUCCCAAGGCGCGCAGAGGGGCUCCGCAGCAGGCGCAGGGGGGUAUGCGGGGGGAAUGGGGGGAGGGGGAGCUGCGCCUUCAGGAGGGCACUCUGUGCGCCCAAGCCCCGGGUGGCUGGCGGGCGCACCUGGGGGAGGGGCAAGCGGAGUCGGGGGAGGCGGGGCAGGGGCAGGGGGAGGGGGAGGGGCAAGUGGCGGAGGGGGGGGCGCGGCAGGGGGAACGCCUGUCAAGAAGAAGAUGGGCCACAGGAGGUCUGCUAGCUGUGAAGCCUGGUUCAAUCCAGAGGCGGGCUUUAAUCCCCAUAUGAGCGGCUUUAAUUCCCCUGCUAGCGGCUCUAGUCCGCAAUCUGGCAGCUCUAAUAUUCCAGGGAGGGGUUCCCCCGGAGGGGGCAUGGGCGGAAGCCCUCCAGGCGGGGGGAGCCCCUAUGCGGGUCCCCCCCGCGCUGGGGGAAUGCGGAUGGGGGGAGGGCCCGGGGGAGUAACCAGAGGAGUUGGGGGAGGGGGAGGGGGAGGGGGAGGGGGAGGGCUAGGCGGAGGAGGGGGAGGGGGAGGCGGAACAGGAGGGGGAUCUGAGAAGGAAGGAAGGGAGGCGUUUACCCCAGGGGGGGGAGGGAGAACAGAGGUUGGGGAUAACCCUGUAGGAAAGUCAAAAGCAAUUCCAAUCCAAAGCCCACACAAGCCCAAAAUCGUCCUACCUUCUACCAGUCCCCACGCCAGCCCCUAUGCUAGCCCCUAUGCCAGCCCACGCAUGGGAUCCCCGCUAGUAGGCUCCCCGUUAGUAGGCUCUCCGUUACUAGGCUCCCCCAUGCUGUCUCAAGUGAGUUCCCGUACCGGGUUUGUGACCCCCGGGGCUAUGACUCCUGGCGGGGGAAGUAUGGUGGUUAGCCCCGGUACCUUAGCUGCGCAGGAGGAUCGGGACCAAGCCAAGCUGGCCGAAAUCCAGAGCAUGUUUGCCAAUUGGAAUCACGGAACGCCGAUCCCGUCCCCCAAAGCUGGAGCCUCGGCUCGGGCCGAAGCUGGCUUCCCGCUUCGGACGCCCCAGCCUAGCGACUACUACCGAAUCGACGGGGGGGAAACGGAGGGGGGAGAGGGGAUGGGCGAGGAGGAAUCUGCAGCAGAGGAGCUAGGGCCGACUCGUGCGAAUGUGCUGGGAGAGCCUUAUUCGGAUAUCAGGAAGAAGUACAAACUAGCUGAGAAGGAGCUAGGGCGGGGGAACUUUGGAGUGAUCCACGUGGGGGAGAAUUUGCAGACUGGGGAGCAAUUUGCAUGCAAGAGCAUCACCAAGGCUAAAUUCGAGGUGAGGAGAUAUUUGAUUUUGAGAUUUGAGAAGCUGUUUGCCUGCAAGUUUAUCACAAACGCCUUCGAGUGCCGGGACUACGUGGAGGACGUGAGGAGGCAGUGCUGGGACAACGUGGAGGAUGUGAGGAGGGAGUGCUGGGACGACGUGGAGGAUGUGAGGAGGGAGGUGAGCGUGCUUGAGACGCUAAGGGGCCAUCCGUUUGUGGUGUCGAUCGUUGAGACCAUGGAAGAUGAAGAUGAGGUGCACAUAGUGAUGGAGCUGUGUGCGGGAGGAGAGCUCUUCGAUCGCAUUCUCGACCGCAAGUACUACGGGGAGAGGCAGGCCGCGCGGGUCAUUCGCUCCGUGGUGGAGGUUCUGGCCUACUGCCAAGCACGAGGGAUCGUGCACCGGGACUUAAAGCCCGAGAACAUUCUGCUCGUGUCGAAGAGGAGUGAUACAAGGGUUAAAGUGAUUGACUUCGGCAUGGCGUGCAUCUUGAAAUCGGGCGAGCGCUGCAAGCUGAGGGCAGGAACGCCCAACUACAUCGCUCCAGAAGUGAUAGCGAAGAACUACGGAGCAGAGGCGGACGUGUGGAGUGCGGGGGUGAUCCUGUAUGUGCUGCUGUGCGGGCUGCCGCCCUUCUGGGGGGACACCACAGAGGACGUGUUCAAGAGCAUCCUGUGGCAGGAGCUCGACUUCGAGACAGAGCCAUGGCCCGUGGUCAGCACCGCUGCCAAGGACCUCGUUCGCCGCAUGCUGUGCCGCAAGUAUGAGCGGCGGAUUACUGUCGCCGAGAUUCUGAGGGACACCACAGAGGACGUGUUGAAGAGCAUCCUGUGGCAGGGGCUGGAUUUCGAGACGGAGCCUUGGCUGGUUGUGAGCACUGCUGCCAGGGACUUGGGAAAAUCUGGGGUGGAAUCGGCCUGGGGAACCCAGGAGGGCGGGGGGGUGAGAGACACCACAGAGGACGUGUUCAAGAGCAUCCUGUGGCAGGAGCUGGCUCUUGACGCCCAGCCCUGGCCCGUUGAGCUCGACUUUGACGCCGAGCCAUGGCCGGUGGUUAGCACCGAACCGAACCGCACUGAACCACAGAGGAGGAGGGGCGGGUUCAAAAGCAUCCUGUGGCAGGAGCUCGACUUCGACACCCAGCCCUGGCCCGUUGUGAGCACCGAACCGAAUCGCACUGAGCCACAGAGGAGGGGCGGGUUCAAGAGCAUAUUGUGGCAGGAGCUCGACUUUGACACCCAGCCCUGGUCCGUUGAUCUCUCUCAUUCUCCCUCUUCGUUUCCUCUCUCAUUUUCUCUGUCAUUCCCUCUUCAUUCCCUCUUCAUUCCCUCUUCAUUCCCUCUCCCAUUCCCUCUCUCAUUCCCUCUUCUGUUCCCAACAGAACACCCAUGGAUUAAAGCGUUAACUUAA